GCUUAUAACUACAUAUUCCGGGUUGUUUAAUGUGUAAAUACGAUUAAUCAAAAAAUAUAUCAUACGUAUAGUCGGGCGUUAUGUUAAUAUGUUAUUUCAAUAAACGAGUGGUCUGCACGAAUCCCCACCUCCGUGUGUGAGAUGGUACAGUCGAGCGAACGGCUGCAUGAGUUCAUUUUGACUGAGCUGGAAUUCACUGUAAACGGAUAAGGACUGAUUAAAGGUGACGAUCCCGAUUCGCUGCACGAGUCACACCCGUUUUAUUCGUGAUAUAUAUAUGUAUGUGGUAAAGUGGACAUAGAUGUAAACGUGCAUUUCCUCGAGUCAGGCGCUCAGUGGUGAAACGGAUGCAGAACCCGGAUGGCUGUGUGGAUGGCGUCGAGCUGCAAACAAAUUCACCAUGGCACCAUCAUCAUCAUGUCUGUAGGAGAGCACCAUCAGCCCGGCAGCUCAGCUUCAUACUCUCGCUACUGGAAAUAGAGACAAAAUCACUUUAACGCAGCGUUAGUGUAGGUGUGAACUAUAUAGACAAGGCCAGCGACAUGGAUUUAAAUGACAGUAGGUCGUUAUCCGAGCUCAUGGGCCGGUACGAGGGCACGGAGACCGGAUUCGGUGUGCCUAAGGAUGGCUGGAGGAUCUGCCUGGCACACGAGUUCAAGGAGAAAAGAAAACCUUUUCAGGCUAAAGACGUGUCCCUGUCCCACAUCAUGCAGCACAUCGGCUUGGGCUUGAGGUAUUUAAAAUGGUGGUACCGGAGAACACAGAUAGAGAAGAAAGCACCCUUUAUCGACAUAUUCGGGGCUUUGCCUCUAAGGCAGAUUUAUGGCGCUCCUCUGGGUGGCAUUGGAGGAGGAAGCAUUACGCGUGGAUGGAAAGGGGAGUUCUGUAGGUGGCAACUUAACCCAGGAAUGUACCACUACAAAACAGUCAUUGCUGACCAGUUUACAGUGUGCCUGCGUAAGGAUGGUCAGACAAUCUAUCAGCAAGUGUUGUCCACCGAACAUCCCCACACACUUCAGGACUGGAAUUGGGGUUACUGUGGUGCAUUUGCAUUCUACCAUGCACUAUUUCCCAGAGCCUGGACCGUUUACCAGCUGCCUGGUCAGAACGUCACACUCACCUGCAGGCAGGUGUCACCUGUCAUCCCACACAACUACAAGGACUCAAGUUUUCCGGUUGCCGUGUUUGUGUGGGAUAUAGAGAACAAGAAUGACUAUGCACUGGAUGUCACAAUCAUGUUUACCAUGGUCAAUGGUUCAGGCCACAAAGAUGAAAAAUGUGGGGGUCAUUGGAAUGAACCAUUCAACUUGGAAAGGGAGGGCGAGUCCGUGUCAGGGGUUUUGCUUCACCACCGCUCACCGGUGAAUCCGUACACACUAUGUAUGGCAGCUCGAGAACAGUCCAACAGAAAGAUCACCCACAAGACUGCGUUCAGUCCUAAAGAUACCGGAAAGGCCAUUUGGAGUGACCUGAUGAGUGACGGGCAGUUAGAUUCACCCCCUGGCUCCAGCCCUCCAACUCAGAAAGGAGAGACAGUGGCAGCAGCUCUGGCAGUGGGCUGCUCUGUGCCUGCUCAUGGACACAACAGCUUAGAUUUCUGCCUGACCUGGGACAUGCCAAAAAUUACUUUUGGCUCAAGGGAAAGAGAGCACAUCAGACGUUAUGCGCGUUACUAUGGCACCGAAGGAGAUGCAGGCCCGGCUCUUUCACACUAUGCACUUAUGCACUACAAAGACUGGGAAAAAGACAUUCAGGAAUGGCAAAGACCCAUUCUGGAAGAUGGUUCUCUCCCUUCCUGGUAUAAAUCAGCUUUGUUUAAUGAGUUGUACUUUGUUGUGGAUGGAGGAACGGUGUGGGUAGAGCUUCCUGAAGACUGUGAUGUUAGUGGAGGACUUCGUUCAGAAGAAGGUGGUCUUCCAGCACAGCCCCCUGUCCUCAAGGAGUAUGGCCGUUUUGCCUAUUUAGAAGGUCAGGAGUACAGAAUGUACAACACAUACGAUGUGCACUUCUAUGCCUCCUUUGCACUUAUCAUGCUCUGGCCCAAACUGGCUCUGAGUCUACAGUAUGAUAUUGCUGGUAGUGUGGUUCAGUAUGACCCCACACAAAGGAUGAAUCUCAUGAGUGGGAAUUGCUCACCAGUUAAGACCAGGAAUGUAGUACCUCAUGACAUAGGAGACCCAGAUGACGAGCCUUGGCAGCGUGUAAAUGCCUAUCAGAUUCAUGACACAGCAGACUGGAAAGACCUGAACCUGAAGUUUGUUCUGCAGGUGUAUCGUGACUAUCACCUAACUCAGGACAUGCAGUACCUGAAGGACAUGUGGCCCAUUUGCCAGGUGGUUAUGGAGACUGAAAUGAAGUUUGAUAAAGAUGGGGAUGGCCUAAUAGAGAACUCCGGCUAUGCUGACCAGACCUAUGAUGGAUGGGUUGUGACAGGUCCCAGUGCAUACUGCGGGGGUCUGUGGCUGGCCUCAGUGUGUGUAAUGUGUAAGAUGGCACAACUUUUGAAAAGUGAUUCAGUGUAUGAACAGUACAGAGACAUCCUGAAGCGAGGCAGUGCCGCCUUUGAUAAGCUACUGUGGAAUGGGAAGUACUAUAACUAUGACAGCAGUGGGAGAAGUAUGUCCAACAGUGUGAUGUCUGACCAGUGUGCAGGCCAGUGGUUCCUCAGGGCAUCUGGACUAGGAGAUGAUGAGUUUGAGGUUUUCCCUAAGGAGAAGAUCCGCAGUGCACUGAAAAGUGUGUUUGAUCUGAACGUGAUGAGCUUUGCAGGAGGGCAGAUGGGGGCUGUGAAUGGCAUGAGACCAGAGGGCAUUCCUGAUCGCUCCAGCGUCCAGUCGGAUGAGGUCUGGGUCGGUGUCGUCUAUGGACUAGCAGCUACUAUGAUUCAGGAGGGCCUGUUAGAAGAAGGUCUUCACACUGCUGAAGGUUGCUAUCGGACAGUGUGGGAACAGACAGGAAUGGCCUUUCAGACUCCUGAAGCAUACUGUGAAAAAGGGAUCUAUCGCUCCUUGGCUUACAUGAGACCUCUCAGCGUUUGGGCCAUACAGCUGGCACUGGACAAUCGACCAAAAUCGAGCAAGACUGUGCAAGAAGACAGUGAGGCAGCUCGUUUAGAGACGGAUUUACAGGACGAACCAGUGAAAAAGAACUGCCAUAAAUGACUGUGUGCAUGAUCUUCUGACCUCCAUGCACACUACUGUUUAUAUCAGAUUAAGUGUGCAUUAAAGCUGGUGUUUACUUCCCAUGAGAUACGUGCAUGAGUUCAUGUAUCAUCUUUGAGUACGGUUUCAAUAGUAGUGGUAGUUCCGUUUAGUGCACCAAGUUUUACAUACAUUGGAUAAACACAAAUAUUCCACUGAGUUCACUGUACAAGGUUUAAGCUAACGUGGUGAAAGCUAGAGAGUGCAGGCUUGAGUUUAUGUAUUUCUAUAGUUUGAAUGGUGAUAUUUUAGUUUAUGAUUAUCAUACAUACAUUUGUGUUUAAUUGUAUAUUUGUUUAUUCAUAACUACAGAAGUCCAAACCUGAUGAUGGUGAAUAAUGCGCAUCGAUAUUUAAGCUGUGAUGUUGAUAUGAUUAUGAUGUUUUCAGUGGUUUGACUUUCAUUGUACUCUGGAAUACUUUAGAUUACGUGGGCUUAAGUUUGGAUUUGAAGUGUACUGUGGGAUAUAAUUAAAGUGUACCAGGAUAAUUUAUACAUUGGAGCACCCGCUCUAAAAAUGGUUAAAUCCCUAGCUGGUUUUCUAUAAGUUUUAGAUUCUCUGCAGAAGGUUUUGGACACUUAUCCUGCAUCUUUUUGAUUUACAUGUCGAUUUAUUUUAUCCCUGUUUAGGUACAUGACUAUAUAUUUCUUGAAAUAUGCAAAGAUAUAUUUCCAUCCAGACAUGUUAUACAAAUAUUUGUAUUACAAAGCAGACAGAAUUAGAAAAACAUCCAUUGUGUUGAACAAUAUAGUUAAUAUUAAAUAAUCAAUUGCAUUUUUGGUCCUUUACAUAGAAUAAUCUAAAUUUAAAAUAUAUAUACACUUUAGGCAGCAGUAAAUUAUAUAGCUAAAAUUAAUCACUGUCAUAUUAUGCAUGGGAAAUGUCUUCUCAUUAACUGUAAGGAUUAGAAAACAAAGCUGUUGCCCCUUUAUUAGAUAGACGUAGGCUCCCUCUAACAUGCAUGUGCUUUUUGUUAGUGCAUGAUUAUAGACUGUAGUCCAUCUGUUGCUUUGCAAAGUUUGUCAGUCCUACAUUUCAUAAUUUGCUUACAGUGAUUUUGUGGUCAGAAGCUGACCAAUUAAAACACUGUGCAUGGGGAGAAAGCUAUCAUUUCUAAUUGUACACUGAAGUGCACAAACAAGGUAGGUCUGUAAUAAAUUGACCAAUAAGAUAUACUUGUAUCAGCACCACCCACUACGACACCAUGGCCUACAGUCAAUUACUCGAUACAUAUAAAGUGAAUCUAUACUGCAGAGUCAUUCCUACUUUUUCAUUUCUAAUACUUUUUCUUGCGGUGCUCAUGGUGCAGGACGCUGUAGUGGUCAAACCAUAAAGUCCAGUUCCUCCUGAGGGGUCCCCAGAAGUUCUCAAUCGAUGUGAGAGAUAUAAUCUCUCCAGCUGGCCCUGAGUCAAGAUACAACACUAGUGGGAGUUGACCUGGGAAUUGACCAAUGUGUGGAUAGAAGAUAGGUGCACCAUUGUGUGUGUGUGGAGGCUGUAAUAUAUGAUUGCUUAUUCUCAUGGUUAUGUGACAAUGAUAUUAAAUAAUUAAAACAACCACCAGGUAACAUACCUGAAAUCACCCCCCCCCCCCUUUUAUUUUCACUUUCAAUGUUUGAGGUGGCAAUUUGAGUUUGACUGUACAUGCACACUUGGAAAUAUAAAUUUAAAUAAAGAAUUUAUAAAAAAUUUUGAAAUCUCCUGCACUCAAAAA